AUGCAGAAGUCGGCAAGCCACUCAGGAUUCUUAACCAGCUUCCAAAGCGGGGUCUGGCGCUCGGAAUCCGGGGACAUCACUGCGGCGCGCCGGAUGCAAGGGCAGGCGCGACCCUUUCUGGGCAGCCCGAAACGCGCGUGUUCGCGCGAGGCACCGACGCCGCGGGUCUUCGGGAAGACACGGCAACGGCAGAAAGUUCUGAGACCGCGCCGGCUGCACUCGGACCAGCGCCCGGGGUCGGCGGGCCGGCGUUCGUGGGUCCCCGACCAGCCGCGCCGCUUGUGUCUGAUGCCUUGUUUUCGGGGAUUUGGAGAAAACGGCCGGAGUCGGCAGAAGUUUGCUUUUGAAGCGUGCGUGCUAUUCCCACGCCCCAGAGAAGCUGUUCGAACUUUUUCAGCAAAGAAAGCCACAAAGAAAACAGAUAAACCCAGACUAGAAGACAAAGAUGAUCUAGAUGUAACAGAGCUCACAAACGAAGAUCUUUUGGAUCAGCUUGUGAAAUACGGAGUGAAUCCUGGUCCCAUUGUGGGAACAACCAGGAAGCUGUAUGAGAAAAAGCUGUUGAAACUGAGAGAACAAGGAACAGAAUCAAGAUCUUCUACUCCUCUGCCAACAGUUUCUUCUUCAGCAGAAAAUACGAGGCAGAAUGGAAGUAAUGAUUCUGACAGAUACAGUGACAACGAAGAAGGAAAGAAGAAAGAACACAAGAAAGUGAAGUCCACUAGGGAUUUUGUUCCUUUUUCUGAACUUCCAACUACUCCCUCUGGUGGAUUUUUUCAGGAUAUUUGUUUUCCUGAAAUCUCCACCCGUCCUCCUUUGGGCAGGACUGAACUACAGGCAGCUAAGAAAGUGUAUGCUUCUAAGGGAGACCCACCUAGGGAGCCUCUUAUCGCUACAAGCUUUCCUGGUAGGGGACAGUCACAGAAGUUAGCACCGGGAGGGCAUUUGUUUAUGUCCUCCAAGUCUAGUCAUGAUAGUGGUUUAGAGAAAAACUCUUCGACAUCUCAGCAUGAACUCACUGCCAGGUUGGUCUCUACUGCAGCUUCUCCUUCUCUGGUUAAAGAAACCACCACUACUUGCUGUAAAGACACAGUAGAAAGUAUUUACAGUACAGAGAAAAGUGGAAUUCAACCAUUAUGUCCUGAGAGGUCCCGUAUUUCAGAUCAGUCGAUUUUCUCCAGUAAAAGAGCACUAGAGGAGUCUGAAAGAUCACACCAAAUUUCUCCACCACUUGCUCAGGCAAUCAGAGAUUAUGUCAGUUCUCUGUUGGUCCAGGUUGGGGUCAGUAGUUUGCCUGGGACUUCUAACUCCACACCCCCACUGGAUAUAGAAAACAUUUGGAAGAAAAUUGAUCAGUUUAAGUUUCAAGAAACUGAAUCCCUGUCUCCUCCACGAAAAUUGCCUAGACUCAGUGAGAAGAUAGUAGAGGAAAGGGCUUCUGGUUCCUUUGUGGCAUUUCAGGAUAUACCUGGAUCUGAAAUGAUGCCUUUUGCCAAAACUGUUGUCUCUCAUUCACUCACUACUUUAGGCACAGAAGUGUCUAAGCAAUCACAGCGUGAUGAAAUCGAUGCCUCAGAGCUGUCUUUUCCCUUCCAUGAAUCUAUUUUGAAAGUAAUUAAAGAAGAGUGGCAGCAAGUUGACAGGCAGCUGCCUUCAUUGGCAUGCAAAUAUCCAGUUUCUUCCAGAGAGGCAACACAGAUAUUAUCUGUUCCAAAAGUAGAUGAUGAAAUCCUGGAGUUUAUUCCUGAAGCCACUCCACCAGCAGGUGUUCAGGCAGCCUCCACCAAGAAUUGUGAUAAACAGUUGGACACAGCAUUCUGUAGAGCGUAUGAAGCUGCAGCAUCAGCAUUGCGGGUUGCAACCCACACUGCCUUUGUAGCUAAGGCUAUGCAGGCAGACAUUAGUCAGGUUGCACAGAUUCUUAGCUCAGAUCCCAGUCGUACACACCAGGCACUUGGGAUUCUGAGCAAAACGUAUGAUGCAGCCUCGUAUAUUUGUGAAGCUUCAUUUGAUGAAGUAAAGAUGGCUGCCCAUACCAUGGGAAAUUCUACUGUAGGUCGUCGAUAUCUCUGGCUAAAGAAUUGCAAUAUUAGUCCAGCAUCUAAGAAUAAGCUUGCUGUUACUCCCUUUAAAGGUGAAACAUUAUUUGGAGGAGAAGUAAAUAAAGUAAUUAAAAAGCAUGGAAAUAAAAAGUGAAGAACAAAGACAUCUCUCUUGUCUUUGAUAUGGGGAUCUUAGGAGCUUUUCUAGGAAUUUCAGGUACUUUUAUUUUGUACUUUUUAGUCUCCAGGCUGGACUAACUUCAAAAUAUUAAGUAUACCUAUCAAAUUAUAGAAUAAAAGUAAUUGCUUGUAUAUAACUGCUUUUUUUUUUUUUUUAAAGACUUGCAUAGACAGAAAGCCUGGUACAAACAAUUUAAAGCUUUCUAGAUCACAUAAUAGUCUCUAAAUAGUUUACUGGUUCCUAUGUUACUUAUGCUUUUACCUAUUCAAAACUAAGAAAAUUCCAGUAACUGGAGAUAUAAGUAUUCUGCGUUGUUUUCUAAGAGUAUACUAUCCAUUUUCCUAUAUAUCUAGAAUAGAAUUAAACACUUAUUACACACUCAAAACAAUGAUUUUGUUCUUUUUGAUACUUCUAAGACUUUCUGAAACUUGUUCAUGUUUUUGCUUUUCUUUGUUUUGAGUAUUUACCCAUGUCUGCAAUAUCAUUCAUAAUAAUCUAGAUCAACACAACUCAGAAUACCAGUCUACAGACUUACUGAUACACAUACAAGAGAAGCAUACACAAGAAUUUAUAUCCAGAGACACUUUUUAAAAGUCACUGACAGGAUUUAUUUUAUUGAUAGUAAAAACAGUGUAUUGGUUUACGUGCUGAAGAAAGUGACUCAUCUCUUUAUUGGCUGGUAGCAAAUAGUUCAUGGACCACCAAUCCAUGAAGCUCACUUUAGUUGAUAAUAGAUAUUCUGGCAUAAUGUAUCACUCUUGUCACAUGAACUAGAAACUGGAAAAAUGGGGCUUUCUAAAAAAUAAUACUUUGUUUUCAAAGUAUGUUGUAUUUCAUAGAAGAUUAGGCUUAAUAAUCUAGACUCCACAAGCAAAUUUAAAUUAUUACCUUUUUGAAGCCAUAGGAAAGUAUAUGAUAUCGCAGUAUUUGUAUGUCUGUAUAAAGCAGUGUAUUACCCUCUUAUUUCUAUGAUUGUAAGAUAAGAGAGUCUAACUGUGGAGCUAUUGUGGAAAAUGGACUUAAGUGUAAGAAAAUACGUGGGUACUUCUCUAGCCAUUACCAUAUUCUUAGACUACACAUGUCCAUCUUAGCAGCCUUCUGGGAAUAAUUUGUUAUUUGUCUUCUAUACAUGUACCUACUGAGUGCUAUGUGAUUUUUUUUUAAAAAUGUAUUACUGUAGAAUGCUUCUGCAAAUUCAAUAAAGUUGUUAAAUUUGAA